UGUCUGGUCAAUAUUAUCGACCCUGACAAUAAUACAGGAGGUUCCAUGGUUGAUUCACGAUUGUUCCCAUAGAAACGUACCUUGCGAUCGAAUCGCGACCGCGCGUUCCUUUCGCAUUUAAUAUAAGCUACAUGUGUGUGUAUGUAUCGAAUCUUGUAUAGUCUUGCAGUCCUACCGCAGUCUCAAAUAUUGACACGACCUGCGAUGAACUCGUGUAACGUCUUUUGACAUUCAAAUUCGACAUUCGCGCCGGAAGUUGUAUCGCAUCGGAAGAUCGUUGAUUCGUUGGUGUAUGAUGUUCAUUUGAAGAAAACAGAAUAGGUAAAAUUGUCGCGUGUUAAAUAAAUAUUGAUUGAUGUAGAUUAUUUUUCUUUUAUUUUUCUGCGUACUUGAUUAUAUUGUCAUUACCGAUCGUACAAAUUUUUUUUCGCACAAAUCGUGUCGCGCGCCAAUAAUGAUUGGGAGAACAUCAUUAGUGGAACAAAAGAGGAUCCAAUGGGCGAAAGAGAGAGAAGAAAUGGCACGUCUUGGCGGAAGUUGGGGUCUUCUGAAAAAUAAUGUUAAUAUCCGCACCAACAUCCGCACUUAUCCGAAUGGCACAAGAAUGUCCUUAAUGGAAACGAAAGACAAGCAAUCGGCCUCGAAACCUUUUCGUGCUAAUGGACAUUACGGAAGUACCGUCAGCCUGAAGAGCUUGGGAACUGAAAGUUCCGGAAACAGCGGCACAAAUGUAAAAUAUCUGGAUUGCAAUAGUGGUAGCUUGAUAAAUCUACACGAACAAAUGGAAGUAUCGCAAAUCAGACAUAGAAGUCCUAGCUUACCACCAAUUUAUAACAAGGACCAACAGCAAUAUCUUUGUCAGGAUCAACAACGAGAUUUCGCUAUAGAAGGAUUGCAUUACAAUUCCAAAAAAUCUCAACGACUAUACGAUCGUUGUGAAAAUUCAAAAAAUAAUCAUUAUGGUCUGCAAGCUGAAGAACGCGAAGGAGAAACUUCCGGUUAUGCCAGUGAUUCUGUAGAGGCACCUGCAUCAGUGAAAGCAACAUUUUUACCUGAUUGUAAGCCAUCAGGAACGGAAAUAGCCGAAAAAAUGUGGCAAAAUCCUUAUCAGACAACACCUGAGAGUUCAUUACCACCAUCGAGGAGAUUAUCUGAUGGUAGAAUAGGAGAACUGAACAGGCCAAGGUGGGGUAGUGUCUGGGGUCAAGAGACUUCGCGAGGAGACCCACCACCACCUUCUUGGUUGUCAAGAUUAGGACAUUCGAGUCAAGUUUUAGUUAUUAAUCAUGAGAGUGCAAGCAGUUCAGAUUGCUCGACAGUUGGUUCAAUUGGAUCUGAUAAUAAAACUUAUCUUCGUGGUCAAAAUAUUCCUGUUGAUACUAAUAUUCUUCAAGAAAGAGAAGCAAAAAGACAGAAAGCUCUAGAACUUCAGAAUGCGAUUAAAAAACAACUUGAAGAGAAAGAUCGACAGAAAAAAGAAGAAAAAGAGCAAAGAUUGAGAGAAGAACAAUUAGAAGAAGAACGAAUCAAACGAGAAAGAGAAAAAGAGAAAGAAAGAUUCGAAGAAGAACAAAGAAGACUAAAAGAACGAGAAGCGGCUAAAUUAAGACAAGCUGAAGCAAUGCGUGAAGUUUUAGAAGCAGCAGAACGUUUGGCAAAAGAACAAAAGAAAUUUCGACGUAAAAGCGAAAAAAAUAAUGAAGAAAAUUCCAUUAUAUCCUCUAGAAGUUCUGAAUCUAAUAUUUUAAAUGAAAAUCAGUUUAAUAAAAAUUGUCUAAAUGUGAAUAGUCAACAAAAUCUAACUAUUAAUAAUGAUGAUGUUAAAGAUAAAAAAGAUAAACAAGAAAUAUUAAAUGAAAAAGAAAAUAAUAAUUUUAAUAAUAACAAUAACAAUAACAACAACAAUAAUAAUAAUGAAAUAUUUAUCGAUAAUAGUGAUAAUAAUAACAUAUUAGAAGAUUUGAAACAGAAUACGAAUAAUAUAAAACCUGUUCAAGUUCCUGUCAGUAAAGAUGUGGCGAUUGUAUUAAGUGGUCGACUCGAAGAUUCAGAAUUACUCAAUAAAGCGAAUUUGCAAUUAGUCAAUUUAGUAUUAACUCCAACACCAAGACAAUUAGAAAAUAAUUCUAACACAAAUUUAUCUGUAGGCUUGAAUAGUCUUAUACAGAACAUAGGAAAUUCGAAUUUUACUUCAAAUUCUUUCAAAAUUCCACCAAUGAUCGUAGAAAACAGAUUGCUCACGCCAAGCAAAUACAGGAUUACAAAUGGUCGAGAUUUUGGUACACAAACAGAUGUAGAGAACGAUCUUCAAGAUUUUCUGGAAAAAAUGCAGAACUGCACCAUUAAGGAUACCUCUGAGAAGGAUCACAAGGAUGCAACAAAUGCUAGUAAAAGGGAUAUUGAAAAGUCCACUAAUAUUGGUUUAUCAGGAGAUAUUAUUGUGAAAACUUUCCCUCGAUCAAAAUCUAUGCCCAGAAGAACUAUUGAAUCUAGACCACAAUGGAAUGCUAAUAGACCAGGAACUCGUUAUCGCACGCAAAGUGAAAAAGAUCCUCAUUAUCAACGUCGAUUGCAAAUGAGAAGACGUCAAAUCGAAUCUAGCGAUGAACGCUCUAGAUCACCAUCUCCUGACAGAAGGAAAUUUAUAAAUACAAAAUCGAAAAUUCGAACAUUAAAUAAAUCAAAAGUAAAAAUUGUUACCUAUGAUCCAGACCUUUCGAUGGACAAUUUGAAUUCUACUAUUAUACCAUUGCGAACUGAUAAGAAUGGAAGAAUCAUUAUUGAAGAAAAUAAAUGUGAAUAUAAUGAUAAAAUUCGAUUAAAUGCUCAUAUUAAUAAUGUUGAAAAUAUUAAAGAAUCACAAAAUGAAAAUUCUAAUAUCUGGUGCGGACAAGAAAUUUUAUCUAAAUUAUCUACCUUGAAAAAUGGCCUUUUAAUGAAGCAAAUGGAAUGGAAUUCCGAGAGAUGUCUAGUCUCUCCCGUUGCAUCAGAAAUUUAUUAACAAGAACCAAAUGCCGCGUUUUUGUGCACAUUUUUGUUACUUUUAUUUUAUUUUUGUAGAAAAUGAG